AAAAAAGCCCCACCGUCACUGUACUCUCUUUCUCUUUCAAUUAUGCACUUCCUUUGCCUGGUGAGCCAGUUCAAUGCAUCCCCCCCAGCUGCCACACAGUUGAAAUCUCUCCUUUUUAUUGUAAGUUUUAUUCCACACUCACUCCCUCAUUUCCAUUAACGCACUCUCCCCAAAGCUCCAUCCCCCCCCCACCCCCCAAUGGGUUUCUUUCCUUUCUUCUUUCUUUCUUUAUUAUCUUUAGCUUCUUCAGCUUCUAGGGUGGAUCAGAAGACCUUUAUCGUUAGAGUCCAACACGAUGUCAAGCCUUCCAUUUUCACCACUCACAAGCACUGGUAUGAGUCUUCCCUUUCCUCCGUUCUCUCCCCUUCAACUCCCACCCAAGUUCUUCACGUAUACGACAACGUUUUCCACGGCUUCUCAGCCAAGCUUUCCCCAACCGAAGCCCUCAAGCUCCAAACUCUUCCCCAUAUCAUCGCUGUUAUCCCUGAGCAAGUCCGGCACGUGCAAACCACGCGCUCUCCUCUCUUUUUGGGCCUCAAAACCACCGACAGCGCCGGCCUCUUGAAAGAAUCCGACUUUGGGUCCGAUCUUGUUAUCGGAGUAAUCGACACGGGUAUUUGGCCCGAGCGCCAAAGCUUCAACGACCGUGACUUGGGGCCUAUUCCUUCUAAAUGGAAAGGCCAAUGUGUUAGGACAAAAGAUUUCGGUUCUAGUUCUUGUAAUAAAAAGCUGAUAGGGGCAAAGUUUUUCUGCAACGGUUACGAAGCAACUAAUGGGAAAAUGAACGAAACCUCGGAGUUUCGUUCCCCACGAGAUUCGGAUGGCCAUGGGACCCACACGGCUUCUAUUGCUGCUGGAAGGUAUGUCUUCCCAGCUUCUACUUUAGGUUAUGCUAAAGGAGUAGCUGCUGGGAUGGCACCGAAAGCUCGACUUGCUGCUUAUAAAGUUUGCUGGAAUGCUGGUUGUUAUGACUCUGAUAUUCUAGCUGCCUUUGAUGCCGCUGUAGCUGACGGGGUUGAUGUCAUUUCGUUGAGUGUUGGUGGUGUUGUGGUGCCUUAUUAUCUCGAUGCCAUUGCGAUUGGUGCUUUCGGUGCUGCUGAUAAAGGGAUUUUUGUGUCGGCUUCGGCUGGGAAUGGGGGUCCUGGCGGAUUGAGUGUUACUAAUGUGGCUCCCUGGGUGGCUACUGUUGGUGCCGGGACGAUUGAUAGGGAUUUUCCAGCUGAUGUUAAGCUUGGAAACGGUAAAGUUGUGCCUGGAGUCAGUGUUUAUAAUGGGCCGGGUUUGUCUCCGGGUCGGAUGUACCCGUUGGUUUAUGCUGGGACUGGUGGUGGUGAUGGGUAUUCUUCUUCUUUGUGUAUGGAAGGUUCAUUGGAUCCUGACUUUGUGAAAGGCAAAAUUGUUUUGUGUGAUAGAGGAAUUAAUUCCAGGGCUGCUAAAGGGGAAGUUGUGAAAAAGGCUGGAGGGAUUGGAAUGAUUUUGGCUAAUGGGGUUUUUGAUGGGGAAGGGUUGGUUGCUGAUUGCCAUGUGUUGCCAGCUACUGCUGUUGGUGCGGCAAACGGGGAUGAGAUUAGGAGGUACAUUGAUUCUGCAUCUAAAUCCAAGUCACCAGCUACCGCUACUAUUGUUUUUAAAGGAACUCGCUUAGGGGUCCGGCCAGCUCCUGUUGUGGCUUCGUUUUCAGCUCGAGGGCCUAAUCCGGAGACUCCGGAGAUUUUGAAGCCUGACGUGAUUGCUCCUGGAUUGAACAUUCUUGCUGCCUGGCCUGAUAAAGUUGGGCCGUCUGGUGUUGCAUCAGAUAAGCGGAGGACAGAGUUUAAUAUUCUUUCAGGCACUUCAAUGGCUUGUCCUCAUGUUUCUGGAUUGGCUGCUUUGUUGAAGGCAGCUCAUUCUGAAUGGAGCCCUGCAGCCAUAAAGUCUGCCCUGAUGACCACUGCUUAUACAGUCGACAAUCGAGGGGAAACUAUGCUUGAUGAAUCCAGUGGGAAUACUUCUACUGUGUUGGAUUUUGGAUCUGGUCAUGUUCACCCCACAAAGGCUAUGGAUCCUGGGCUGGUUUAUGAUAUAACCUCGAUGGAUUAUGUGGAUUUCUUGUGCAAUUCGAAUUAUACAAUUAACAAUAUACAAGUGAUUACGAGGAGGAAUGCAGAUUGCAGUGGGGCAAAAAGGGCUGGCCAUAUUGGGAAUCUGAAUUACCCAUCAUUUUCUGCUGUUUUUCAACAGUAUGGCAAGCAUAAGAUGUCUACGCAUUUCCUUAGGCAAGUGACCAAUGUUGGGGACCCAAAUUCAGUGUAUAAAGUUACAGUUAGACCACCUAGUGGGACACUGGUGACAGUAGAGCCAGAGCAGCUUGUAUUUAGGAGGGUAGGGCAGAAAUUGAAUUUUCUCGUAAGAGUGCAGGCCAUGGCAGUCAAGCUCUCUCCUGGGAGCACUAACAUGAAAAGUGGUUCAAUCGUGUGGUCUGAUGGGAAGCACAAUGUCACAAGUCCCUUAAUUGUGACAAUGCAGCAACCACUGUAGCUUGUCUGUAUGUUAGGCAUUUCGGGGUUUUAGGAAUUUUGGUCUCCUUAUUAUAUAGGGUUUAUAAAAAUUAUCUCUAUAUGUGUAACGAGAUUGUGCUUGCGUUUUCUAUAUCAGAAAGCGGUGGAGUUGGCUUUAUAAUGCAAGGUGAAGUUAUAAUCUGCGCAGGCUACAGGGAAAAGUGCAGGUCUAGUGUAUCUUUACUACCGUAAGAUUAAGAAGCAAGAAUGUUUUUGUAGAAAUUAUGUGUGUUGAGAAGAUGCCAAGGAUAAUGAAAAAAGUUCCCUCUUUUUUCAUAUUACUUAAACACUUGUCU